GAACAAAAAGUUGAGCUGCAGUCGUUGGUUGCAAGAAAGAACUCCCCUGGAGAAAACACUGAUAUCUUUCUCUUUCCUAUUACUUCUUACUGUUAUUCUCCUUAUUGUCUUAGGAAUAUCAUUUGGAGGAACAGAAGAUGAAGGACCCACUUUGUGCUUGAGUAAGGAAUGCAUUCAAACAGCCAGUCAAAUUCUGUCCAAAAUGGAAGACAGUUGGAAUCCCUGUUCAAAUUUUUAUGAAUACUCUUGUGGCGAAAUGAAUAAAUCUCUGGGAACAACAAUACCAAGAGGAACGCUUAGUUUUCUAAAGAAUCUUUUAGAAACAUCAACGGAUAAACGAAUAGCCUCAGCAAAAUCCAUUUACGAGAGGUGCGUGGAAUUCUCUGGUUUGCAGGACGGUGGUAAGAAGCCAGACGAAAUUCUGAGAGAUUUGUUUAAGAGGUUCGGGAUUGGAACCUGGCCAGUGGUGGACACAUUCUAUGACGAUUCCCUGCUCACUCAGAAUGAAAGAUUGGCAGCACUCGCUCUCCUUGGAAUUCCUGUCGCUUACACAAUAGAAGUCUCCCCUUCCAACAGAUCCCUCAAACUGUCACCGGGUGGCCCUCAAAUGUCGGGAAAAAUGGCCGAAGAAAUACGAGAUGACAUGAAACUGAAGACUCAUCUUCUCUCGUCGUUCCACCUGCUGGGGGCUCCUUACGACAGGUCAAUAAGCGAUGCAGACGACAUCUUUUCUGUGGAAAUGUGGUACGCCAAGAUCAAACAGUCGGCCGAGAGUCCGUGCAAUACAGUUUCAUACAUAUCACCCCAAGAAUCCAUUGAUGAAUUGAACAGGCUUAUGAGUGCUUACAACUACAUUGGCUGGCGUUUCUAUUCUGCAUUUGAGAAACACAUCGUACCUGAGUUCAGCCACCACCUCCAAAACAGCAACAGCCUCAGGUGGAUGGACUGCAUCGCAUUGAUCGAGCAGUACGCCUCACAGCCACUCACGGAAGCACUGACCAGGCACUUUAUCCCCCACUCAACCCUACAGGAGG